UACAUGUUUUGUUAAUUUAUAUGAUAUUACAUAAGUCUUUUAUUAAUAUUUAAUGUUGUUAUUUAUUUUGACAGAUAUAUGGUUGAUCAUCCACAGUCUUCAAGGGAUGAGGCUCCCCCAACCAGAUCCACUAGAGGACCCACUAGGAUUAAACAACUAUUGAUAAGGAAAAAUAGUGGUGAAAGAACUCCGGUGAAUGUGAAUGUCACCACGGGUGUGGCAACUGACCGCUAUGCAGAUGACUUCCAAUCAUACCUUAGAGUGGUGGCACGUGAUAAGAUUAGCAUUCUCGUUCCAUCUUUUGAUCAUGUGUCCGAGGUUGAUCGGAACGUUAUUUGGAACGAUAUAUUGCUGACAUUUGACAUUCCAAAUGUCACAUCACUUAGAAAUAAGUGUUUGUCAACUGUUGCAGAAAAUUUNANAAACNUUAAAAGNAAGUUGACAUCAAGAUACAUCUAUGGAAAGCAUAAACAUAAGACUCCAUGUUCUGCAUAUAAGUCCAUUGAUGAGGAGACUUGGCGACUUUUUAAAGAGAGUCGGUUGUCAGAGGAAUGGCAGGACGCCUUGGUUGAGUAG